AUGCUGCCAGAUCUCCGUCCGUUUCAUCCCCACAGUGCUGCGGUACUGCUACUGUUUCUCACAUCGGUGGUGGGCGCAAUACCGCAUGGCGAUGGCCAUGGGUCGACGGAGAUGAGCGGGUUGAAGGAAACAGCAUCAACUAUGGCGGCUGCAGCGACAGCGAGCGCGGAAGCAAACGACACAGCCCAUCUUAUGAGUUAUUUCCGGUACCAGAAAUAUCCUGGGACGAUUCUGGCUCACAUUAUUUUGAUGGCGAUAGGAUGGGCUAUCGUCCUCCCAGUUGUCGCAGAGGUUGUUAUGGGCCUGCUCCUUGCCUUCUCUGGAAACAAGAAGUACGCAGAAAAUAAAAUAUAUGAGAGGACGGCAUUUCUCCCUGCCAACACAAGUUCGAAUGGAGCCAGGCCCUACGCCCAGGACGUCGGUCGUCAGCAUCGCUGGUCUGGAGACAGCGGCCAAGGCAGUGAAGUCAACAAUUUUUCCCCUCGCAGCCGCUGCAGCUCCUUCGAACACGAUAGGCAAGAUGGUGAAGACCUCGAAAUAGCUGAAGUUGAACUAAGAGAUAAGUCUGCCGGCCGUUGGAUGUAUCCUUUUGGAUCUUUGCACACAUAUUUGAUGGCCCAUUUUCCGCAGUUGGUUUCCCGGCGCGGCCUCGGUGUUUUGAGCGUGAUUCAUGUUAUAAUUGAGAGGACGAUCCUUAUCCUUGGAUUCUUCGCCCUUACUUCUGGCGCCGUGGUCUAUACAGGAAUAUUUCGAGGACAUCAAAUCUUCAACGGUCUUGCGCACUUCAUCAAGGGCGGAAUAUUCAUCUGGUAUGGGUUCCUGACCCUAGGACGCUGGGUUGGUUGUUUCGCAGAUUUCGGCUGGGCGUGGAAUGUGAAGCCAUCACGUGCCCUCGUAGGGGGGUGGAAAUCCAGAGUCCCAACGGCCGAAUUUACGGAAUCUUUUGUUAUAUUCCUUUAUGGCGCUAGUAACGUGUUUCUAGAGCAUCUUGGUGGAUGGGGAGGGCCAUGGACUGCUCACGACCUCGAGCAUGUCUCGAUAACCAUCAUGUUCUUUGGUGGAGGCUUGUGCGGAAUGCUUGCUGAAUCCCGGCGAAUGCGCGACUGGGUCAAUUUGACUGCCUUGGGACCGCCCCCUAUUUUCCUCGACAAGGAUUACCCUGCAAGUUCUGACGAUUGGAGGCCGCCGAGAUCCCAAGGGGUUUCCUUAAAUCCAAUGCCAGCCACGCAUGGUGUCAACCAUGGUGCACAAGCAGUGGGCUCAAUUCUCCCUUCUCGACCACCGUCAGAGCUGGUCACAUCUUUCUGCCUAAUUUCUGGCGGACUUAUCUUUAUGCUAAGUUCUUCAGAUAUUGUUGCCGCAAUGGAAUACUAUGACCUCAACGCGAUGAUUGUCUUCACCGUUGGAAUGGGUGCCACGGCCCUGGCCAUGGCCUGGGAAAUCGUGGUCAUAUCCCUGAAGGCGUGGGCAACGAAGAACUCGGCAAUUUCAUCCCCAAUGCGCCGGGAAUUUCAAUUUCCAGAAUAG